AGGCGGCGCGACAGCAGCUGGAGGGCUGAGGAGGCCGCGCCGCCCGUUCUGUGCCCGCCAUGAGGCCGCAGCAGGCGCCGGUGUCCGGGAAGGUGUUCAUCCAGCGAGACUACAGCAGCGGCACGCGCUGCCAGUUCCAGACCAAGUUCCCGGCGGAGCUGGAGAACCGGAUUGAUAGACAGCAGUUUGAAGAAACAGUUCGAACUCUAAAUAACCUUUAUGCAGAAGCAGAGAAGCUUGGUGGCCAGUCGUAUCUUGAAGGCUGCUUGGCUUGUUUAACAGCAUAUACCAUCUUCUUGUGUAUGGAAACUCAUUACGAGAAGGUUCUAAAGAAAGUCUCCAAAUAUAUUCAAGAGCAGAACGAGAAGAUAUAUGCUCCCCAAGGCCUCCUCCUGACAGAUCCCAUAGAGAGAGGACUUCGAGUUAUUGAAAUUACCAUUUAUGAAGACAGAAGCAUGAGCAGUGGAAGAUAAACCAUUGAAUUUAAGAUGCCGCCUCCAGCUGGGGCCCUCAUCUAUCCACUGGCCAAUUGCAGGGUGUCCCCUACCUCCUCUCCAGAGCAUCAUUCCUUUGUAUCUGCUGCCAGAGCCAUGGUGCCAUUUACUCCAAGGACUAACUUUCUAAAAUUCCACACCCAGGGUGACGUGGUCACUCAGCAUCCACUUUGUGUCUCCAAAUUGUGUAGGACUCUCUAAUAUUUUGAUUAGUUUCUGAGAAAACACAAUGAAGCAUUUCACUUUUUCUAUUCAAGAUCACUGAUAAAAUAUGCAGCUGGUCAGCCCAACACAAAACUUUAUUUCCUAUCUGCUAUUAGUACCAAGGACUCCUCAUUCCUUGGGCCAGCUUCCAUCCUCUAAACUUCCGCAAGUCAGAUCUUAAACCAGUAUUCAGUCAUACGCUUCAAAACUAACAAAAUAUUCCUCUCCAAGAUUUGUGUGACAAGUAGCUGUGUCUGGUUGUGUUAGUGCAUCUCCCAGAUUUCAGAUGAGAUCAGGUGUGUUCAGGAUGGUACGGCCGUAGAUUUCUCCCAGAUUUCAAACAUUACUGUUGAUAAUUUUGCCAUGACUUAAAUUUUACAGAUCUGUUUCUGUUGUUAAGUUUCUCCAACUGAAAUUCAUUGGAAAAAAAAAAAUAAGUGUAUCAUGUUAUUUUGUUUUAUUAUAGCAGUUUUCCUAAUUAAAAGUAUUUAAUGCAAAAAAAAAAAAAAA